AUCGGAUUUACCGGGCGGAGAGGGCAGGGAAAAAGCCGGCCGGAUCCGCAGCCGUGCGGCCGCGCGGUAAACAAUGAGCUGGGAAGCGGCUGCUGCAGCUCCCGUGCCGUGAGGAGCGGAGCCGCGCUCCGCGGGAGGAGGAUGCGUGCGUGGAUGUGAGCCGUCCCUCGGCGCCUCUCCGGGGUGCCGCUGCCAUGGACGCCGGCCGCCGGCGGGGAGCGCAGCCGGAGCCCAGCCUGACCCCGCCGCAGAGCGGGGUGUGACACCGGAGCAUUUAUUUUUUAAUUACUAUUUAUUUAUUUCAUUAUUUUUUAACCGGGUUGCAGUGGAUUGUGGCUCUGCGUUUUCAGCCACCCGCGUCUCUCCAUCUCUCCAUUCAUCCAUCCAUCCAUUCAUCCAUCCGUCCAUCUCGGCGCCGAUGCCCGCCGCUGCCUGAAGGGCAGAGCCAUCAUGUACCUCCUGGACAGCAGCGAGCCGCCGGCCGCCUCCUCCUCCCCCGAGAGGAUGCAGCGGGGCACCCCGCAGAGGAAGACCGUGUACCGCAUCUCCGUGACCAUGGUGAAGAAGGAGCUGCUGGGGCCGGAGAGCGGCCGCGCCGGCCCCGAGCUGCCCCGGCGCGGGCGGAGCCGCCCGCCGGGCUCCUCCAGCCUCACCAGGGCCGGGCUGCUGCUGCUGGAGGAGGAGGAGGGCGAGGAGGAAGGCGAGGAGCGGGACAGGGUCCCCAGCCCCUGCGGCUUCCGCACCUUCCGGACGCUGAGCACGGGGCAGCUGGAGCUGGGCCGCCUCAAGGUGCCCCGGAGAGCGGGGCCGCCCCUGCCCGGGGCGCCGCGGGACAGCGCCGGAGCCGGAGAAGCCGCGGCGGCCGCCGCCGCAUCCCCGCCCGGGGAGGAGGGGGACAAGGACGGCGGGCCCGGGGAGCCGGCCCCGGGGGAGCGGGGCCACAGCCCGCGGCGGCAGUCGGGGCUGCUGCGGCGCAGCUUCAGCUUCAGGCACUGGAGCGGCGGCGGCGGCGCGGAGCCGGGCCGGGUGCGGCGGCACAGCAGCUCCGGCUGCCUGCCCGGGCCGCCGCCGCCCUCGCCGCCCGCCGCGCUGCCCGCCGAGCCCCCCGAGAAGCGCAACACGCUGGACGUGGGCGAGGUGCUGAGCCAGGCGGAGCCGCUGUCCCGGCUGGAGCGCUGGGAGCGCACCAAGAGCAAGAACCGGACCCUGGAUAACAGCGACCUGCAGCGGCUCUCGGAGCGGCUGGGCCGGGAGGGCCCCGCCGCCGGCACCGAGCACCGGCUCCUGCGCUUCUUCAGCGGCAUCUUCGCCCGCAGGGACGGCCCCGCCGCCCUCUUCGGUAGCCCCCACGGGCGCUCCCCCCGCAGCAGCUUCUCCAGGUCCAGGGCUUAUUUUAGCAGCCUCAGGAGAGCCGCCGUGGACAUGCAGUCCAGCUCCGAGAGCAUCAACGGGUCCCCCCAGAAAGAUGCCUUUGUAAACAGCCAGGAAUGGACACUGAGCCGAUCUGUACCCGAGCUGAAAGUGGGGAUCGUGGGUAACCUGGCGAGCGGGAAGUCGGCGCUGGUGCACCGCUACCUGACCGGCACCUAUGUCCAGGAGGAGUCCCCUGAAGAUAUGGAUGCAGGUGGGAGAUUCAAGAAGGAGAUAGUGGUUGAUGGACAGAGCUACCUGCUGCUGAUCAGAGAUGAAGGAGGCCCUCCAGAGGCACAGUUUGCCAUGUGGGUGGAUGCUGUUAUCUUUGUGUUCAGCUUGGAGGAUGAAGUCAGCUUCCAGACUGUUUACCACUACUACAGCCGCAUGGCCAACUAUCGCAACACUAGUGAAAUCCCCAUGGUCCUGGUGGGCACCCAGGAUGCCAUCAGCUCCACCAACCCCCGUGUCAUCGACGAUGCCAGAGCCAGGAAGUUGUCCAAUGACCUCAAGAGAUGCACUUACUACGAGACCUGCGCGACCUACGGGCUCAACGUGGAGAGAGUCUUCCAUGACGUUGCCCAGAAGAUCGUUUCCACCAAGAAGAAGCAGCAGCUCUCAAUCGGACCCUGCAAAUCUCUACCCAACUCUCCGAGCCACUCCUCCGUGUGUUCUGCCCAGGUUUCUGCCAUACAUAUCAGCCAGACCAGUAAUGGAGGAGGGAGUUUAAGUGAUUAUUCCUCCUCUGUCCCAUCAACUCCAAGCACCAGCCAGAAGGAGCUGCGGAUUGAUGUUCCUCCCACUGCCAACACACCAACUCCUGUCCGUAAACAGUCCAAGCGCCGAUCCAACCUCUUCACGUCUCGGAAAGGGAGUGACCCAGACAAAGAGAAGAAGGUCCUGGAGAGCAGAACAGACAGCAUUGGAAGCGGCCGUGCAAUCCCAAUUAAACAGGGGAUGCUGCUGAAGCGGAGUGGCAAGUCCCUGAACAAGGAGUGGAAGAAGAAGUACGUGACACUGUGUGACAACGGCGUGCUGACCUACCACCCCAGCCUGCACGAUUACAUGCAGAAUGUUCAUGGCAAAGAGAUCGACUUGCUGAGAACCACUGUGAAGGUCCCUGGGAAGAGGCCACCCCGAGCCACAUCAGCCUGUGCCCCCAUCUCCAGCCCCAAAACCAACGGCCUCUCCAAAGACAUGAGCAGUUUACACAUCUCGCCAAAUUCAGGGAACGUGACUACUAGCACAUCUGUGUCUCAGAUGGCCAGUGGGAUCAGUCUGGUGUCCUUCAACAGCCGCCCGGACGGUAUGCACCAGCGCUCCUACUCGGUCUCCAGUGCCGAUCAGUGGAGCGAGGCCACAGUCAUUGCCAACUCUGGCAUUAGCAGUGACACGGGCCUGGGAGAUUCAGUGUGCUCCAGCCCCAGCAUAUCCAGCACCACCAGCCCCAAGCUGGAUCCCCCUCCUUCCCCCCACGCCAACAGAAAGAAGCACCGCCGGAAGAAAAGCACAAGCAACUUCAAAGCUGAUGGCAUCUCGGGCACGGCUGAGGCCAAACGCAAAGCUUGGAAACUAAACCGUGUUGGUAGCCUGCGAAAUAUUUACAGCAGCAGCAGCACCAACACCGAAGAGCAAGAAGAGAACUUUGAGUUUAUCAUUGUCUCUCUCACGGGCCAGACUUGGCACUUUGAAGCAACCACCUACGAAGAGAGGGACGCGUGGGUCCAAGCCAUAGAGAGCCAGAUCCUGGCCAGUUUACAGUCCUGUGAGAGCAGCAAGAACAAGUCGCGCCUGACGAGUCAGAACGAGGCCAUGGCGCUGCAGUCCAUCAGGAACAUCAGAGGCAAUUCCCACUGCGUGGACUGCGAGGCACAGAACCCCGACUGGGCCAGCCUCAACCUGGGAGCCCUCAUCUGCAUCGAAUGCUCAGGUAUCCACCGCAACCUCGGCACGCACCUGUCCCGGGUGCGCUCCCUGGACCUGGAUGACUGGCCCAUCGAGCUCAUCAAGGUCAUGUCAGCCAUUGGCAACGAGCUGGCCAACAGUGUGUGGGAGGAGAACAGCCAAGGCCACGUGAAGCCUUCCCCAGACUCCGCCAGGGAAGAAAAAGAGCUCUGGAUACGCGCCAAGUACGAGCAGAAGCUCUUCCUCGCCCCGCUGCAGUGCCUGGAGCUCUCUCUGGGCCAGCAUCUCCUGAGGGCCACGGCCGAGGAGGACUUGCGGACGGUGAUCCUGCUGCUGGCCCACGGCACGCGCGAGGAGGUGAACGAGACCUGCGGGGACGGCGACGGGCGCACGGCGCUGCACCUGGCCUGCCGCAAGGGCAACGUGGUGCUGCUGCAGCUCCUCAUCUGGUACGGCGUGGACGUGAUGGCGCGCGACGCCCACGGGAACACGGCGCUGGCCUACGCGCGCCAGGCCUCCAGCCAGGAGUGCAUCGACGUGCUGCUGCAGUACGGCUGCCCCGACGAGCGCUUCGCCCUCAUGGCCACCCCAAACCUGUCCAGGAAGAACAACAACCGCAACAACGGCGGCGGGAGGAUGCCCACCAUCAUCUGAGGGGAGCUCGCUCGCGCGUUCGCUGAGCCGAGCCGCGUCCGCAGCCUCGCAUUCCUCCAUGCCCAUCGCAGCUCCGCUCUGUGAGUCCGGUACCUCUCCUUCUCCCUUUUCCCCUCGGUCCAUCCCGAGCGCUGGGCGGAGCGCGGGGGGCGCGGGGGCUGCGGGCAGGCCGUUGUUUUGGGGGCCGCGCUGGAUGGGCCGCGCGUGGCACCGGCACCGCCCGGGGGACACGCGGCACCGCCGGGGGAGAGGCGAGCCGGAGCGGAAGGAAGGAAGGAAGGAAGGAAGGAAGGAAGGAAGGAAGGAAGGAAGGAAGGAAGGAAGGAAGGAAGGAAGGAGAGAUGGUGACUUUCCCUAAGUGACAGUGAAGCACAUCAGAACAUUUCACCUCUACGGAACGCAGCGACGCCUGGAUUUCCAUUCUCUUCUCCUGAAGAGCUUGACGGCAUAAAUCAGAAGCAAGCACAGAGUUUGUCAGGUUUGAAGCUCCUAUGAUGGUAUGUGUCAAAUCAGUUGUAGCUAAUCUGUCCGGGGAGAAUACUGGCUUCAUUACACUUGUAUAGUUGAGUUCUUCCAGCAUUACUGCUGUUUAAUAGAACAUGAUUAGUCAUCACGGAGAAAAAAGCAUAUUAGCUGAGGAGGUAGUUACAUGGCACGCUUCGGUGAUUGCUUGGAUGUGAUUGCAAUAUUCUUAGAAGCAUCAUAUUAUCUCAGACAUGUUCUUUCGAGCCCUUGGAGCCCUCCUUUCUAAAUUCACUGUCAUAAUUUAGUAUCUGUUUAAUUUUUCAGUCCAAAGAGAGGAAAUGAGUUGCUGAGUGUUAUUUGACUGCAGUCUCCUUGGUGUAAAAACAAAAUGGAAAAAAUAAAUAAGAGUAAGCCUGAAACACAAAAAGGAAUAAUGAAUACCGCUAUGGAAAACAACAUUUCAAGUACAUUUGGUGAAAUUAAUAAAUGCAUUAAAGGCUAAUUUUUUUUUUUUUUUUUUUGUUAAGUUUUCAGCCAGCAGAAAUAGGUUCUGUCAUUUUGCCAAGGUAAAUUGUGUUGAGUUUUUGGUCACUCCUGUGAUGCAUUGCCUAACUUAUACAGAUUUUUGUAUUGUGUCUCUAGAUUCUAUGUAUUUAAAAUCUAUUUGAAUAAAAAAAAGACCGUAAAUAUACAUG